AUGAGCGAAGUGAAAUACACUUCGAACAAUCCUCCGUCCAUCACGGGUAUUAUGCGGAGAGGAGAGAAAGAUUUUCAUCGUGAUUUCCCCGACGCGUGUGCCCAGUACGAGCGGGAUCAAAACAUGAUCGACAUUCAUCCUCAUGAUGGCGAUCGACUGCAAUACUUAUCGCAGCGGCUAGCGCAGACCUCUAUUUCUGUGCGCGAGAUGUAUAAACAGCUAUAUCAUGCGCGUGUACAAUCUAGCGCUCAGAGCAUCCUUAUCAUCACCAAGGCUCGCGAUAAUCACCUCGUGCUUCUCACUCGGGAGCUUAGCAUCUGGCUGAUGAACUACAAGAAGCAGGGAAGCAAGCGUGGACUAGUCGUUUACGUGGAUGAACAGCUUCGUCACUCAAAACGAUUCGAUGUGGUUGGUAUUGAACGCGAUUAUCCGCAUUUCUUUCUUCCCACGCGUGAUGACACGUCCAUACCCAAGCACCAGUGUCUCGACAGUGAUGAAGGCCAGCUGCGUUUUUGGAAAAGUGACAUGUGCUCAUCGUCUCCGGCACUUUUCGAUCUUGUGAUCACGCUAGGCGGCGAUGGCACCGUGUUGCUCGCCUCGUGGCUCUUCCAGUCGAGUGUGCCCCCUGUCAUUCCUUUUUCUCUUGGUUCCCUCGGAUUUUUGACGCCCUUCCGCUUUGAGGACUACGAGUCUAUCAUGCGGUCUGCGUUGUCGAACGGUGUGCGCCUCAGUGUGCGCAUGCGAUUCCGUGCAACGGUGUACCGAGCUAUUGAUCAUGUGAACCCCGAAUUAGGUGCGAAACGACGCCGAGCGUUACAGUCUGACAAUGCCGAGACUAUGCUACAUAAUAUCAAGACAUGUGGCUGGUAUUGCGUGGAAAUGGAGCCUGGUAGUGAUGGUAUGGAAGAAGCUCCUGUGUUCCACGACCAGCAAGUGCACACUUUUCGCACACGGCCCGUGGAAUCGUUUGAAUUUUUAAACGAUCUUGUAGUGGACCGUGGACCGAGCCCCUAUGUCACCAUGCUCGAAGUCUUUGCUGACGAUACACACUUAACUACGGCAUAUGCAGAUGGGCUCUGCAUUUCCACACCCACGGGCUCAACAGCCUACUCUCUCUCAGCUGGCGGCUCGCUCGUGCAUCCCCAGAUUCCUGCGAUGCUUAUCACUCCUAUUUGUCCACAUACUUUAUCUUUUCGCCCUAUGCUGGUGCCAGACAGCCUCGAAUUGCGCAUUGCCGUGCCUCACAAUUCUCGAAGCAAUGCGUGGGCAAGUUUCGAUGGGCGCGGUCGUGUUGAAAUCGCUCGAGGGGAUCAUAUCAAGAUCACAGCCUCGCCAUACCCAUUUCUCUCAGUAUUGCCAGAAGAUAAAAAUGAGUCUUGGUUUGAUUCAGUCUCGCGCACACUUAAUUGGAACCAGCGGAAGCAUCAAAUGGGUUUUAUGGUAUAUGAUGGCCAGGCAUCAUCCUCCAAGGCCCCACAAGAAUUAUCACCGAAAGUAACACCGAGCAUGCUUGCACAACAAGACCAGGUGACGUACGAUGUGCUUCGAGACUCGCGUGAGCUCAACGAACACGUUGCGGAAGACGACGAGGAAGAUGAUGAAGAAAUCUUUGACAUCGACGAUACAGCCACGCCUUCCACAGCUGACUCAAGUCAUCGUGCCUCUUGGGAAUCUAGCUCUUUUGGAGUCUCCAGACCUCUACUGAGUGUCCCAGUGAGCGAAUCGCAGCCAGAUCUUUCUCCACAGGCACCUCUACCCAUCCCGUCUAGAGAUCAACCAAGAAGUAGCGGAUUUGGGUGGAUUCGAAGUCCAGACCGUUAUGGCCCUUCUGGUCCUCCGCCAGCUCCCGCUCCCUUAAACGAGCGAUAUCUUGCCACGGUCGACUUUCGCCUGCAGAAUAGAUCCCUUAAGGGACCUGGUCCAUAG